UAGUACGUCAGUUCGGAAUCCAUUUUCUCGCGGUGGUUCUUUAAUCGUAAUUCCGAUGUUUAUACGCGUGUGAUAUGUGUUUUGGUACGAAAUUAGGCAGUGAUUUUCGCGUUCUUGAACAAACAUUUGUGACUUUGAUACAUUUAUUGAAACUGUGUGCUUAAUUAUGGAAAGUAGAUCUUGGAUAAUAAUAAGCUGGAACGGCUGCUCGGCAGCGGUGCAUCCUGGCCACCUUGCUCGUACUACCCUUAACCGAGACCUGACAUUGGCCUCCACCAAUACAGGGCUAGGUCGCCGUGACGUCACGGGAUGCGUGUAGCCGCGUUCCCGCCAACUUUGAUCGCUCGACGCUCACUGAUUCUUCGACCAUGGGACUUGUGAGAAGUCCUCUACCUUCAAUUGUUCCUCCCAGUGAAGAAGUUAACUUCUCUAGUGCGUCGAGUGAUAUUUCCUCCGGGGGCGAUCUGUCGAAUUGGAAGUACUUGCAGUACGAAAUUCUCGGAGGAAUAGCAGUCACAGCGAUGGCAUUAGUAAUUUUGGCGGCUGUUAGUUACCAGUGCACAGCCACCUGGAAAUGGAUACGGGAAAAAACAUGUCGAGAUUCCUGCGAAGAGGCAGAAACUUUAGCAAAACAAUCUGCAAUAUGCAUCAGUCAUUCCCUCCCAGAUUUACAAACAGAACCCAUGAAACAAGAAUACGUACAAGAGCACAAAGAAUCGAUAAAAAAAGUUCUGCGCCAAACUACCCUUCCAAUUGUUCCCAUGAGACAUCAGACGUUCCAGAGGCAACUGUCUCAUAGAUUAGAAAUGGUACCCAGUAUCCAAUUCAGUAUUUGCAGUCUCGAACAUAAAAGCGAGUCGAGUAUUGUGGGACUAAUAAAGCCUGAGCUUUAUAAAAAGGAAGUCGUUCGACAGUCGUCGGUAGAGAGCACUGGUCCUGAAAUGGAGUAUUGUGGAAAACUACACUUUGCUCUUCGUUACGAUAAAGAAGUUGAAGGGCUUGUUGUGAAGGUGUUGGAAGCUCGCGACUUGCCCAUUAAAGACGUUUCCGGCAGCAGUGAUCCUUACAUCAAAGUCUACUUACUUCCUGACAGGAAAAGAAAAUACCAGACCAAGGUUCAUCGAAAGAAUCUCAAUCCGGUUUUCAAUGAAACAUUUAUAUUCAGUGUUCCGUUUGAAGAACUGAAGCAACGUUAUCUCCAAUUUUCCGUAUACGAUUUUGAUCGAUUUUCAAGGCACGACUUGAUUGGUCACGUUGUUUUGAAAGGUCUUUUGGACACAACCGAUCUACAGCAAGAGAUCGAGUACACCAUGCAUAUCUUAUGUCCACCUCAGGACAAAGUGGAUUUGGGUGAAUUGAUGUUGUCUCUGUGCUAUCUACCAACAGCGGGUCGUCUCACCUUGACCGUCAUCAAGGGACGAAAUCUGAAGGCAAUGGACAUUACCGGGAAGUCAGAUCCGUACGUGAAGGUCUAUUUGAUAUGCCAAGGGAAACGGAUAAAAAAGAAGAAAACCAGCGUUAAGAAAUCCACCCUCAAUCCCGUUUAUAACGAGGCGUUGGUAUUUGAUGUGCCAUCUGAUAAUGUUGAAGAUGUCAGUCUUAUAGUAAAAGUUUUUGAUUACGAUAGGAUAGGUUCGGAUGAUCUAAUGGGUUGCACGGCUAUUGGAUCCAGUUUUAUAGGAGUAGGUAGAGAUCAUUGGUUGGAAAUGUUAGAUAAUCCCAGAAGGCCCGUUGCUCAAUGGUACACACUUCUUGAGUCAACACCUGGACAUUUCUCAAACUCAUCAUCUUCAACUUUGCCAAUUAGUCUAAGCUGCCUUAAUGGAAGGUGA